GAUGAGCGCCGCAACCCCAUAGUCACCAUUGACUGGACUUAACCAUCCAGGGGUCCUUUACUUACACCUACCACUAGUUCAGACAUCAUGAGAGCAUAUGUGGAAAUAAGAUUUUUAUUUGUUUUGCCUCAACAUGCAUCGCUUUACGCUUGUUUGCGUUGAAUUGCGUUUGCGAUUUUACCGCCCAUUCACGGAGCGUGGAGAGGUCCUAUUGGAGCUCUUCACAAUCUCUUUUUGGUUUAGCACCGUCAAUUUAGUAUCAUCAGCAAACACGGCCACCUCACUGCUCACUCCUUUCUCUAGAUCAAUUAUGAACAAAUUAAAAAGCAGCAAUCCCAAUACCAAUUCGCGGGGAUUCCACUUUCUACAUCUCUCCAUUGGAAAAACUGUCCGUUCCUCUGACCUCUCUUUUUCUACCACGCUCAGGAAACAUGGCCCAAGUUGGUUCAGGGAAGACGGUUCUUUUCCACCAGGAAGACCCAAAAGGUCUCACCUACCGCAUCCCAGCUCUCCUCUACCUGCCGUCUGAGUCUACUUUCCUGGCAUUUGCUGAGGAGCGCUCAACGCCCAGAGACGAAAAUGCCAAGUUCCUGGUGAUGAGACGAGGGCGGAAGGAAGGAAUGUCUGUUCAGUGGGGUCCUCAGACGUCUCUGAUGGAAGCCACGUUGGCCAACCAUCGCACCAUGAACCCUUGCCCCAUUCUCGAGAGGAAGAGUGGACGCGUUUUCCUGUUCUUCAUCUGCGUGGAGACCCACGUGACGGAACGGCAGCAGAUCUUCACAGGGAGGAACGCCGCUCGGCUCUGCUACGUCGUCAGCCAAGAUGGCGGCCGCACCUGGAGCCAGACGACCGACCUGACGGAGCAGGUGAUUGGCAAACAUUUGAGGAACUGGGCCACCUUUGCGGUUGGGCCUGGGCACGGCCUGCAGCUGAGUUCCGGGCGCCUGGUGAUCCCAGCUUACGCCUACUACAUCCACAAGCGAUGUUUCGGGCACGCGCUCAACUGCUGGACCAGACCUCAUUCCUUGGCGUUCUACAGCGAUGACGGCGGGCAGAGUUGGGCCCGAGGACAGCUCCUGAUGCACUUGAACACAUCCGAGUGCCAAGUUGCGGAGCUGACCUGCCGGGACGAUAUCCAAGUGCUGUACUGCAACUCCCGCAGCCCGGACAGGUACCGGGCCGAAGCUUUCAGCACAGAUGGCGGAGAACACUUUGAGGAAGGGUACCUGUCCAAGGACUUGUGCGAGCCGCCCAGUGGGUGCCAGGGCAGCGUGGUGAGCUUCUUCCCUCAGCCGGAGGGCAGCUCUCGCUCCUCUCUGGCCUCGUUCAGCAGCACAAAGUCCUGGCUGGUGUACUCGCACCCCACAAACUGCCACAAGCGCUUAGAUUUGGGCAUCUACCUGAACAGGUCCCCGUUGGAAAAAGACUCUUGGCGCCCUCCCUGGGUGCUGUACAAAGGCCCCAGUAGCUACUCGGACCUGGCUGUGUGCCAAGAAGGGGGGAACACACUGGUGUUUGGGUGCUUGUUUGAGUGUGGGGUGCACCAUCCCAUUGAAGAAAUCGCCUUCCAGCUCUUCACCAGUGAUGAGCUUUUGAGGAACGUGAGGGAAGGAUGAUGUUGUGACACUUCUCUCCCCCUCCCUCUCCCUCUCUCCCUCCCUCUCUCCCCCUCCCUCCAUCUCUCCUUCCCUCC